ACACUUCUUCAGAUCAUAGGUUAUAGCUUCUAUCAGGGUUAAACCAAAAGAAAGUUAAUGGUAGCCCCAGGGGAUGCGUUCCAGCAGUACUUUUGGGGAGACAAAAAUGCUGGAUAUGAUGUGCUUCUCACCAACAUGAAACAAGCUGUUUCUGCUUCCAAAGAGUUUCAUGAGAUUUUAAGAGAACGGGGUAACUAUGAGGAAGCAUUCUCCAAGUCUUUGAGACGAUUGUCUGAAAAGGCAACAACUAUUAAUGCAGUUGGGUCCUUUUUACCUGUGUGGACUGUCGUCAAGAAGUACAUGGAGAACAUGAGCAAAAUUCAUGGGGAUUUUUCUACUAAAUUCAAGGAACUUUGUCAAGAAUUAAACACCUUCAAAACAGAUUCAACUUCAAAAACUAACAAAAUGCUGAAAGAUCAAGCAGAUGUAGUAAAAACAGCUGCUGCACUGAACAACAUAAAGAACUCACUGGAGCAUGUAAACAAGUGCAAGAAACUUUACCAACAGAAACACAAGGAUCUGAUAGAGAGUGAAGAAAGCUUCACCAAAGCAGGAUUAGCUGCUGAUAAAACUGAUAAGGAGACAGAGAAAAUGCAACAAAAGUUCACAAGAAGUCAGGACGCGUUCGUGCUAGCUGAGAACACGUAUAAAGCAAGUGUUGAGAAGUACAACAAAGCUCAGGAGGAGUACAAUGAGGACAUGACUAACUCUUGCAAGUUUUUCGGAGAGAUGGAGCAAACUCAUCUGAACCUGAUUGUGGAGUUUGCUAAAAGGUUCGGGGACAUAGAGACAGAUCUGAUCGAGGAGCUGAAGAAGAACUGUGAGAGUAUUCUCGGAGGAGAUAAUGAUGAAGAUAUUAAAGGUCUGGUAGGAUACACCCCAGAGCACCUGAUAAAGAUAUUCGUGGAGGAGAAGACUACAGGGGUGGAGAUGUGUCCUCUGAUGGAGACGGAGCUGUUAACAGUGAAGGAUCCUCCGGUGCUCAGCAUGACACCUAAACCUACACACAACCCGGCCCCUCAUGAGAAGAGCAGUGACAGUGGCUCAGUUAACUCCAUCCCAAACGCACACAACGCCACAACAGUAACAACAGCUUCUGUAGUCCCUCCUGCCAACAUGAACUCCAUGACGCUAGCCAUGUCUAAUGUCAAUGUGGGUUUGAAGCAGUUCCGGAAGAUGAUCAAGCCGAAGAAGAAGCCUAAGAAUAAGAACGAGGGUGAUAACAAGAGCAUCGACAGUAAAACCGAGGACCACGAGAACGGUGGGGACGACAUCUCGGAGAAAUCAACCUCAGAACACGACAGCGCGGGUCACCGCAGUGAGCUGGACUUCUACGAGCGGCACGGUACCGGAUACUUCAGCUCUGAUGAGGACGAGGGGGUGGGGGAUGACGACAGCGACGAGGAUGGUCUCACUGCUAAGGUGCGAACUAUCAAGAUACGGAACACAGCUGAGGUGGGCGGAACACUGGAACUGCCCACGGAAGAGGAACUCCGUAAAGCAACGGAGAAGUUGACGCUCUCUUGUUUGUCUCCUAAUACGCUUCACAGAGACCGGUCUAAAACUCACAACCCCCAACUUUUCUCAGGUCGCUCUGGAAGUUUCCGAGGGCUACCCCGCCCCAGAUCGGCGGUGUUUUCCACCCGAGUUAGAACCUCAUCGGACACCACCCACCUUACUAUAACCUCAUCUCAAACCUCACUUCCUACUGAAACCUCAAUUCAAACACAAGCCUCAUCUGGGAUUUCAAUGAGAUCCUCAUCCAAAUCCUCACUUCUUUUCUCACCUAGACACUCACAAGUGUCAGCAAGCACUCCAGAAUUCAUACAAAGCUCUGAAAUAUGUUCUACGUCGUCGACAUCAAUGAGUUCGUUAUCAAUGACUUCCUUAUCGAUGUUUUACUUAGAAAUAGCAGAACCAGAAAUAGAAACUAAACAUAAAGAAGAGCAUGUUCGUGUGGCCACAAUGGCUGAUGCAUCAUCCCAAUCAUUUCGCAGUUCUGAGCUCGAUAUUUGUCCUGAGCCUUCUCUUCCAGAAGAUGAUUAUAAUUCAAGCACUAGAAACGCACAAGCACUUCCUCAUAUCACCAUUUCAACUUUGAAAAACAAACGGAGCAAAAAGAAAAAAACCUGGGAUAAAAUUCUUAAAGUGAAGAGCUUUUGCUCCGAAUCGCAUGUAACUUUGAGGCAGAAGAUCCUAAGAAAACAGCACUUUGAAGCAAAAGUCGUGAAAAAAUGCCCAAUUUAUAGCCCCUGUACUGAACUGAAAAAAGCAUAUUCGCACUCCCUGGUGGACCUACCCGUCUCCCCUGAACCGGCUCCUAAAACCACAUUCCCGACCACUUUCAACACUCCACGUGCCAAGUCCGUGUCUGGUCACAUCAGUUCUCCGCGGGCUCAUCCCAGAAACUUCCCUGCUGCAGAGCCAAUAGCUGAAGCCGCCGAAACAGCCAUUCUCGUCCCAGAAACGAACAGUGGCGGUGGUAGUGACGCAUGGGCAGUGUUUGACGACUCCUUCAAGACCUCGCCCAAACGUGCCAGCGACAGUGCCGCACUGGAUUCAGCUGCCUCGUGGUCAACACCUCCAACUACUAAGCGUAUAUUGUUUGAGGAGCAUAAGAUUGAACAAGAGAAAGUUCCAGAGAAAGAUGAUGGGUUAGAUGGUCUUUUGGAGUUUGCUCCAACAAAUCUUAACACUCCUGAAAAGGCUGAAGGGAACCGUAACCUGGAUGACCUGCUGUCGAUCACGCUGGACGAUCAGAGAGCCAUGAGUCCUGCCUCCGAAUACAUGGUUCGUGGAGAGCAGGAGGGAAGGGGCUCAGUUUAUCGAUAUCCUCAUCUGAGAGUUGACGGUACUCCCACUCUGUCAGAAGUGCUAGCGAAGAAACAGACCCCCGACGGUUCGCCCACCAACUCAGAAUCAAACCCAAACAUCCUGGUCUCGGACGAGACCGGAGACAUGAAGGACGGAGACAAGGUGGAACUGGACGAGGAGACCGGAGCUCGGAGAAAGAGGCUGCCAAGUCUCAUUGAGUUCUCGCCUGUUAAACCACUAUUAAUAAAAUUGUGGUGGGACCGAGCCGCGAGUAAACGACAAUCAACAACCGAAUCUCCCACUUCUCCCCCACCCGACAAAUCGUCGUCGUCGCCGUCGCCGGAAAGAGAGAUAACGCCGUCGCCGGAAAGAGAAAUGUCGCCGCCGCCGGAAACGCCGCCAGCGGGAACUUCAAGAAUGAGGAAGGCGUUCGAGAGAAACAAGAUGACGGGGACCUUUUUUAGGAAAAAAUCUAAGAAUAAAGCUCCAGCACCACCUCCACCAGAGAGCCAGGAAGCUUCAGACCCCUUAUCUAGUACUCACCGAAGUGAGGAGGAUAUUGUGGUGGAUGCUGCUGAUCCGGAUACUAGUCUCUCUCCUUCUAACAGUAUUGACACUGAUAGCGGUGUUGCAGUUGACGGUUCUAUGCCGCCUACUCUUCUUGCUAUCUCUAAUAACGAUAUUGACGUUGAAGACUCCAAGUUGUUAUCGCCUUUAUCUGUGGACAGCAUGAGUAAAGUCUCCCUAGAUUCUUAUGAUGCCCAGACUGAUAAGCCUAACGGAUUGAUCCCCAAAUUGAAGCCGACAUACGCGACUGUCACCUCUCCCCCGGUUAUACCAUACCUUACAAAACCAGCUUCAACUGAAGAUGUUGAGUUCAGCGCUCAACAUGAGGAAACAGUAGAGAAUGAUCGCGAAGAAAUACCGUAUCCGAUAGCCAUAGCUAUAAUCGAGACCGCUAGUGCUGUCUUUAAACCGAACGAUGAGUGCACCAGCAAGAUAGAAGGUGAACUGAUCAUGUCUCUCCCGUGUGAUGCCGCAGCUGAUCUAGCUAUCAACCCUGCUCCUCCACCCCUCAAAAUUCGCCUUGUCUCCACAACUACCCCCAACUCUUUUAUCGUUAAUCGCCAGAUAUUUUCCAUCAAACCCCCCUCGAUAUUGGACAUCCUGGAAGUCAAUAUGAACUUGCUGCAAAACUUUUUGAAGAAGCGCCUUGAACAGAUAGGGAAGCAGCAGCGAAUAAACAUUCCUCUUCUUAAAUAUAAAUCACCGUACCUCAAAGCUGAGUUGGCGCCGCUGAUAGCACAGUCCUAUUGGACGACUAGCGGGGACAAUACUGUCUUAUCAAUUGAUGCAUCUGUCAACGAAUCAUUGGCGGUGCAGAAUUUCCAUUUCCCGCGCAUAACUUACUCGAACAGUUUUGAUAGCUCUACUCCAGUUUUAAGCUCUCACCCAUCAGCUGAGAUAUCAAACAACAAAUUAAGGUGGGAGCGGUACGAUGUGGGCAACGAAAUGUUGGAUCACCCCGACCGGCUUAUCGCAACAUUCGAGGUGAUCCCAAAUUUAGAGGGGUCACGAACCGAUAUUGAGUUUGAAGUUGAGGGGGUCGUUAUUUCUGGGACUGAUGUUGUCUUGGAAAACUCAGAAUCAUACUCUAUAGCCACCACUGUGAAGAAAAUGAAGUCAGAUAAAUAUUGGACGGAACCUAAGAUUAUGGAUUCGAAUUGCUGACAUGUCUAAGCCAUUGAAGAGCAUACUAAAAGAAGACAGAGGCGAUUUUAAAGAAGGCGAAACACGUUCAACGGAGAUUAUUUCGGAAUUAACAAGAAAAAGACUUUCAAAAAAUUAAUUUCUUUCCUAGGACUGAUAAACUCUAGGAAAUUUAAUUUUUCACAAAAAACCCACACCUACUGAUGAUUCAUUCGUUUUUAAAUCUUUGUACCAUAAUUUUUAUUGUUGUAUAAAAAUGUAAACUGCCGUCAAAUUCGGUGUAUUAGUAAUACGUACAUAUUGAAAUACAUGUUCUGCGAUGAGAUCAAAAAUGGCUCUUUUCAAUAGACGCUAGUAUGACUUUAGUAACAACAUUCAAUUUCCAGUUUAAUCUUGGUUGACGUUAUAUUUGAUGAAUAAGAUCGGUUGCAUUUUAGAGUGUAUUUUUAUACCGUACGUUCUGAUUUAAAUCUUUCGUAGAAGCGUAAGAGAGACCAGUAUUCUCGGGUCAGAGCAGGGCGUUCCUAUGUCUGUGCAAUUAAUGACGAUUCAAAAUUCCAGCUUGGUAUUGCCACAUAUUGUGUUUUUCAUGAGGGACAUAACAUGUGACUAGCUUGAUCUUGAAUCA